AUGUCGGACAACGAGGGAGCUAACCAGGCUAACGCAGUUGCCGGAGGAAUGGCGGCGGCUAUGCUGGGGACGCUUUCGGUAUUUGACAGUCAAGCGCAGACUUGGGAGGAGUACUGUGAGGUUUUGGGACACUUCUUCGAGGCUAAUAACAUCACUGAUGCAAGAAGAAAGCGUGCAAUAUUGCUGAGCUCCGUUGGAAGCAAGACAUACAGUUUGAUGAGAAACUUGUUGAGCCCGGACACACCUGGUGAUAAGUCAUUCACGGAGUUGACUAACCUGCUUCAGUCACAUUUCAAUCCAAAGCCCAGUGAAAUAGUUCAGAGAUUUAAAUUUAAUUCCAGGACUAGAACGGCAAACGAAACUGUGACGGAGUAUGUGGCUGUGCUGAGGGAGCUGGCUCAACAUUGCAACUACGGGGACAAGCUGAAGGAGAUGCUGCGGGAUAGGCUCGUGUGUGGCAUUGCGGAGGACCGCAUACAGAGGAGGCUGUUGGCGGAGCCCAACAUGACAUUUGAAAAAGCCUUGAAAAUCGCGCAGGCCAUCGAAACAGCAAACAGGGAUGUGCGUGACUUGCAGCCGACGCUGGACAGUGCGGCGGGGAAAAAUGCAACACCAAUGACAGUGCAUAAAGUGGGAACGGAGAAUAAACGACAAAGGCACGUGAAGAAAAUGUGCAGGUCCGCGCCUCCGAGUGCCCAGCAGACUAAGGGGGGUGGAAAGAGUUUUGUGAAGGGGGAGAAAGUACCGGUGUUGAAGCCUGACGGAGGGGCACGCAUUUGUGGAGACUACAAACUCACGGUGAACCCAGUCUCUAAGCUAGAGCAGUAUCCAAUACCAAGGUUGGAAGAUUUGUUUGAGAAGCUGACUGGGGGAGAGAAGUUCAGCAAACUGGACCUUAGUCACGCAUAUUGA